UACCACAGAUGGUAGAAGCCACAGACUUGGAUACUUCUGAUAUCAGAAAUCAGUGGGCAGGUUGACUGAACACAGGUGGUCUCUCAGCAUCAGCAUGAAUGCCAGGAUUCUGUCUACUCAGGGCUGGUUCAGCAGCCACCCACCCACCACUGAGCUUGACUUGGAGCCUGCCACUGAUGGACCCACCUCAGAGACUACCACCCUCACCCCAGAAACUACAAGCUUCAAUGACUCCAGAAUCCCUGACGUGCCAGGUGGCACAGGUGGCGUGGGUACCAUGCUUCUGUCCUUUGGGAUCAUCACAGUGAUUGGCCUGGCUGUGGCCAUGGUUUUGUAUAUCAGGAAGAAGAAGAGGCUGGAGAAGCUGCGCCAUCAGCUCAUGCCCAUGUACAGCUUUGACCCCACAGAGGAGCAAGAUGAACUGGAGCAGGAACUGCUGGAGCAUGGGCGGGAUGCGGCGUCUGUGCAAGCUGCUGCCUCUCUGCAGGCCACGCAGGGCAAGAGCACUCUCCCCUCUCAGGGCCCGCUGCAGAGGCCCAGCCGGCUGGUAUUUACUGAUGUAGCCAAUGCCAUCCAUGCGUGAGCAGCCUAAGGACAGGCCUGGAUUUCUGACAGAGACAUCAUCACAGUGCCCACAGAGGU